AUGGCGGAUCGGGGCGGGGGGGGACGGACGGGGCGGGGGGAUGUUGCUGUGAGGGCAGCCGGUUGCUACGGGGGCGACCACGGUGGGGAACGGAUCUCUGUUGUUUUCUGCCACUCUGUCACUGCGUUUCUGCUGCCCCUUCCCUCUCUAGCCGGGUUUGUCAAGUCGCCCAUGUCAGAAACUAGACUCACGGGGGACGCCUUUGAACUGUACUGUGAUGUGGUUGGGAACCCCACUCCAGAGAUCCAGUGGUGGUAUGCUGAAGUCAACCGGGCUGAGUCUUUCAAACAGCUGUGGGAUGGGGCUCGGAAGCGCCGUGUCACCAUUAACACAGCCUACGGGGCCAAUGGGGUGAGUGUGCUGAGAAUAACUCGCCUGACCUUGGAAGACUCGGGCACUUACGAGUGCAGGGCCAGCAACGACCCCAGGAGGAAUGACUUGAGGCAAAAUCCCUCCAUAACGUGGAUUCGAGCCCAGGCUACUAUAAGCGUCCUGCAGAAGCCCAGGAUCAACGCCAGUGAGGACGUCGUCAUCCACGUCUAUGGCCCGGCCGUCACAUUGCAGUGUAACCUCACCACCAGCCCCAGCCCCCUUUCUGCCAGCUACUGGGUGAAGAAUGGAGAAGAGAUCCCUGGCACUAGAAAAUCUUCAAACACUACAGAAUACAAGAUUUUGAAGCCCAGAGCAGAAGAGUCAGGGGAGUACUUGUGCGUGUUUGUGUUUGCAAACUCUCCCAUAGCCAACGCCACUAUAGAAGUCAGAGCUAUUCCUGACAUCACUGGCCACAAGAGAAGUGAAAACAAGAACGAGGGGCAGGAGGCUCUGAUGUACUGCAAGUCCGUGGGCUUCCCACAUCCCGAGUGGGUGUGGCGCAAGAAGGUCAAUGGAGUGUUUGAGGACAUCAACAACUCCUCUGGCAGGUUCUUUAUUUUAAACAAAGACAACUACACCGAGCUCAGCAUCACAAACCUACAGAUCAACGAGGACCCCGGCGAGUACCAGUGCAACGCCACCAACCAGGUUGGCUCUGUCUCGGUCACAACCAUCCUGCGUGUGCGCAGCCACCUGGCUCCCCUCUGGCCCUUCCUGGGCAUCCUGGCAGAAAUCGUGAUCCUGGUGGUCAUCAUAGUCAUUUAUGAGAAGAGGAAGAGGCCGGAUGAAGUUCCAGACGAUGAUGAACCAGCUGGGCCAAUGAAAACCAAUUCUACAAACAAUCACAAAGACAAAAACUUACGCCAGAGAAACACAAAUUAA